AUCCAUCCAUCCAUCCAUCCAUCUAUCCAUUCAUCAAUCCAUCCAUCCAUCCAUCUAUCCAUUCAUCAAUCCAUCCAUCCCUUUUGAGGGUGCCAGGGGGAGCUGGAGCCAAUCCCAUGCAGCUGACAAAGGGUACCCUGGUGAACUGGGAUUUGAACCUUCUUGUUUUCAGUGUUUACCACCGCAGAUCAUUUUUUUCUUUAAAAAAUAUUUAGGCUACAGAGUUUGGUUGGUGACUAGUCAAACAUUUGUUUAGGAGGAAUGAGGGUUAGGGCUCGUGUUUUUGGUAUUUCUAGGAUCCGGGCUCCAGCUCUGCACAUGUGCUUUGAUCGGUUUGUGUUGAGUUUACUCUCUUGUGAUGACGUUGUUGCUGACGCAGGUUCAGGCGAUCAUCCAUGUCUCUGUCAACGACCCCCUCUCCUGAGAGAAGUUAUUAAAAGGUGGAACUUUCAAUGGAGAGCCUCGAUUAAUGGAGCAUCACUGCUCAUUCGAUCAGAGUGGAGAAAUACCAGGAUCGAUCACACACCUGCCCCGAGAAAACAACAGUCAUCUCAGCGAAAUGAACCUGGGGUGCUUCUGUGGUCUGGGACUGGUCUACGCCAACAAGUCGUGCACCAUGCCGCCCAUCACCUUCCAGGACCUGCCUCUGAACAUCUACAUGGUCAUCUUCGGGACGGGCAUCUUCGUCUUCAUCCUGAGCCUCAUCUUCUGCUGUUACUUCAUCAGCAAACUCCGACACCAGGCCCAGAGUGAGCGGUUUGGAUACAGGGAGGUGGUUUUAAAAGGAGACCCCAAAAAGCUGAAUCUUCACGGGACAUGUGCCGUGUGUUUGGAGGACUUCAAAGUGAAAGACGAGCUGGGAGUGUUGCCAUGCCAACACGCUUUCCACAGGAGGUGUCUGGUGAAGUGGCUGGAGGUUCGCUGCGUCUGCCCCAUGUGCAACAAACCCAUAGCCGGCCCCCCCGAGCAGCACCACAGCAUAGGCACUCUGCUGGAUGAACUGGUUUAACCUCUCAUCACCUCCCCAGUCUGGAUGGAGGUGGUGGUGGGGGGGCACACUGGACCAAACCAACUGGUAUAAAUUAAAGACCAAUAGGGAAGAGGGACACGGUUUUGCAUUUAAAAACAAAGCAAAACACCAACAGGAUGAUACUAUGUCGGGGUAACCUAGUUACCAUCUGGAGGAGGACUCUGAAGGAUGCUGUUGCAUAGCAACCAUGUCGGCGAUGGCACCACGACACCGUGUGGUGUCUGAGAGAUUCUCUCCAGCCGCCUACACAUCACUCCAUCACUCUUCUUUUCAACAUCCCCCCCUCUCCACCCGGUCCUUCACAUCUCCCCCCGCCGCCUCGAGUGAGGUUUAUGGUACCACUGCAGCGGAGAAGACUCAGUUUGGUUUCUCACAGCGAUGUGGACGAAUCAGUGUUGACGGAUGAAAGCGUCGGGAAGGAGGGAAGGAGGUUCCCCUGUGAGCAUGUCUGAUGGUUUGUAUGUGACGGUGGGCACUGAUGUGGAGUAAUAUCAGUAUUAGUGGAUGAUGUCAUCGAAACUCUUUAGGGAAAUGGAUCCUUUAUUCUCUCAGAUAAGAAAUUGUGAGAGAAAAAUUGAAAUUGAUAAUUUCUGAUCAGUAUCCCCGCCGGUGGCACGAGGAAACAUUGACAGAAGUUAAACUGCUGACAAAACAGAAAAUUCUACCAGUUGAUAAAAAAGGAUAAACCAGUAGAACAACCAUUUACCAGAGGACAGAGGAGAAUAUAUAGUGAAGCCACAGACAUUGUUGAUUAAAUCUGCUUUCAAGGGUAUUAGAUUAUAAAUUGAAGUCACAAGGGAAAAAUGAUGGAAAAGGUGGAUUCACGGCUCAUCAGUCAAACAUUUAAUUAUUCAUACGCUCCCAGAAGAAGCUGCAGGAAAUGAAUACGUGUUUUUAACCAAGUCCUCUCACAAUGCCACUGAUCCUGAUGAUUUAAGCGUGAAAUCCAUGGGGGUGCCCACCUCUGCAGUGAUAUCCUGUAUGUUCUUCAUACUGUACAUGCUCCAGUUGCUUUUAUUCCACUGGGAUGUUUUAUUGUGUUAAUAUAAAGGGAAGGAACUUUCUCCUCCUGCCUCCUCACUGUAACACUUUGAUUCUUUGUUAGAAAAUGUGUCUUUUUUUUAGAUAUUGCACUUUGAAAUUCUCAAAAAAAAUGAUUCUAUGCGUCUGUCCGUCUAAUAUUUUAGACAAAGGUUCGGACGCAACACAGCAGGUCCCUGUUUUCAGGUGUGGGAAAUCUUUUAUAAACGUAUAUAUAUGAAGCACCAGGGAUGCUGCUUCAUCUCAAGAAAAGGGAAGCAGCCGUGCAGAACUGAGGUCUUGUUCCGUGAAUUCAUCUGGGAAGCAACAAAAUCUCACUUUCAUACACGGGAGGCUCGUGGCAUUAUUUCUCGUGAUCCUGUUUUUCAUGCCUUGGUUGUGUUUUUUGUUAUUUAAAAUGAUUAAUGAAGCAAGACACUGCCAAAAUUGAGCACAAAACUCACAAAGCACAUUUUACAGUAGGCACUUGUACUGGAAUCCCACAGACAGACACACACACACACACACACACACACACACACACACACACACACUCAGAGUUGACUCUGUUGAAUUCACAUCCCUGUGCCAAUAAAAUAAAAAUAAAAAACAUCCUGUUGCAUAUGAGCCGGAGAAAACGUUCGCUCUGAUUCUGACCACAUUCCACGUUUUGUAAACCAACAGAUGUAAAUAACUUGGAACAAUAAUAAAUACAGUUGUCUGUUUUGCGCACCCCCCCUCUCUUGCUUC